AAGCGAGAGUAAGUCCAAAGUUCAGCAAAGUCGCCAAUGCAAAUUCAAAACAUCAAUAAACCAAAUCUGCUAAAAUGAUGUAUCUGAGGAAAGUUUUAGAAUUAUCAUUGAAAGAUAAAUCUAGGUGUUACCAGCAUGUACGAGUGUUGAAUAUUAAAAUUACACAUGCAAGUACGUUGGCCUCCAGAAAUUCAGUGCGUAGAUUUAAAGUACUUGAUGGCAAUUUAAGAUUUUCCAAUGAAGAAAGAAACUCCUGUAAAGAAAAAGCACAACAGAAUCAAGUAGAAUACUUGAAGAAGCUGGAUUUUGUUUUGGCAGGUGGUGGAGAAUCAGCAAUCAUAAGACACACAAAGAGAAACAAGAAACUCCUCCCACGAGAUAGAAUUCAGAGACUGAUAGAUCCUGACUAUCCUAUGCUUGAGCUUUGUCCGUUUGCUGGAAUUGGUUUGGAUUAUGGUGAUAUCUGUGCCGCAGGAAAUAUCUGCGCAAUUGCAAAGAUCAGUGGACAACUUUGUAUUAUAGGAGCCAACGAUGCAACUGUUAAAGGGGGUACAAUCUAUCCUAUUGGUGUAAAAAAACAACUUCGCAUGCAAGAGAUAGCCAUGCAGAAUAACUUGCCAUGCGUUUAUUUAAUCGAUUCAGGGGGUGGCUUUCUUCCUUUACAAUCUGAAGUUUUUCCUGGCAAAGAACACGGCGGACGAGUGUUCUAUAAUGAAGCCAUCAUGAACUCGGAAGGAAUACCACAGAUUUGCCUCGUCGCUGGAUCAUGUACUGCUGGUGCGGCAUAUAUUCCUACAAUGGCAAACGAAGUUGUUAUGGUAGAUAAAAUUGGAACCAUCUUUCUAGCUGGCCCUCCGUUGGUGUACGCAGCUAUAGGUCAGCAAAUAUCAGAUCAAGAUCUUGGUGGGGCUACAGUGCAUUGUGACGUCAGCGGAUGCGCCGACUAUAAAGCUAGCGAUGAAGUUGAAGCUCUUGAAAUGUUAAAAGAUGUUAUGUCGACGUUGAAUGUCGAAACGCAUCUAAAUGAAAAGACGUUUGCGGUGGAGGAACCUUUUUAUGACCAACAUGAUCUUGAUGUACUUUCCAUCGCACGUGAUUCGAAUGAACGGUUGUAUAUUCGAUCGAUAUUAUCACGUGUUGUUGACGGUAGUAGAUUUCAUGAGUACAAACCCACGUAUGGUGUAGAACUUUUAACAGGUUUUGCUCAUGUAAAUGGUAUCUUAGUUGGCGUUGUGGCAAAUAAUGGUGUGUUUACACCACAAGCUUGUUUGAAAGGAUCCAAUUUUGUAUCAAUUUGCAACGAACGUGGAAUUCCAAUAGUAUUUUUACAAGACAUUUCCAAAGAUAAUGAUGAAGGUAAAAAUCCAGACCUUAUAAAAUAUCAGUCCGAAUUUAUGUCGGCUGUCGCCACGUCAAAAGUACCAAAAAUCACUAUCGUAUUGGGCGACAGUUUUGGCGUGGGAAAUUACAUCAUGUGUGGAAGGAGUAUGGGCCCGAGGUUUUUGUAUUUGUGGCCAACCGCCAAAAUAUCUUUAGACCAUACAGAAAAUAUGAAAGAAAAUAAUACAUUUUACGGCGAGCGGGAUCAAAUAGAUAAUAGCGUUUCAUGUUAUUACGGAUCAGGUAGAAUAUGGGAUGAUGGUGUUAUUCUUCCUGAAAAAACUCGAGAAUACUUAUCGUUGUCGUUAAACGCGUGCCUAAUGUACAAAAAUGUUGAUAAAUCUUCACAACGAAAUGUGUUACGCAUGUAACGCUAGAGUUAACGGGGUUCGUUCGGGCCGGGGUUCGUAACGUAUCUAAAUCUGGAAAAAUGGGCUGUCUGUUUUAUUUUGGUUAAAUGAUGGCUUUAACAACAGUUCUAAAAACAUAGGAGACUUUUUAUUCGAGAUUUUAAAAAAUAACUCUGCAUUAUUAUUAUCCUUUUUUACUAAACUGAUGUGUAAAUAUAAUAUUAUUUUUUUGCUAUAUUGCAAUUUUAUUAUUGCGACUUCUCGCCAUUUUCGCGAAAUUAAGUAUCCGUGAAAUGUAAUAAUAGGCAUGUGUAUUUUUUGUAAUAUAUUGUACUGCAUGGUGUCUACCAGGUCAGAUGUAUCAGGAAAAAGUUAUGACAUUCACAUACCGUUAACUAAUUCAGAAACGUCUGGAAAUUUCUGGAAAUUCAGGGAACAGUUUGUGCACGAUCAAUGUCAAAUAUGUUAUGUCAUGGAGGCGGAUCUGGUUGGUGGUCAUUCUUGACUCCAAUUUUGUUCAAAUAUUCGAAAAGAGCAUCAAGAGAAAAGGUACUGAAGAUAUAUAAAUACAUAUUUUUUUAUGUAAAAUAUAGUAUUCUGGAACAAGUCUCCGUAAAACCGCCAAUACAAGUAACUUUUUUUUAUAAAUUUCGUUUCAAAAGAGUGAAAAGAUUGUCAUAUGUUUGUUUUAACGAAUCUUGAGAAUAUUAAGAUUUAAUCAGUGGUAGUUGUUUUAAACUGA